AUGCUCUACCGCCUUGCCACGACCGCCAUAUUUUAUGUGCUGAUAUCGGCGGAUAUUUAUGAAUAUCCUUCUUCGGUGUGGGACGAGAAGACAUGGGCCAAAGACGAUCUCUACUCCACAUGCACUCUUCGCUUCACAAAGGACUGGCACCAACGGGGAUGUGCUCAGGCGGUGAACUAUACCACGCGGAAUCAUCUCGACAAAAUAUUUGUGAAAGUAGGGCUGACGCUGGAGGAUGGGACGUUCAAAUCGAUGUGUCUGCGCCCGUUCGUCAAUCAUAUCAAGUUCUAUCAGAAAGUAGUCGGCGAGCUGUAUGUGGUUCCCGGGCUGGCGUUCCCCUACUGCCGCUUCAAAUACACGCAAAAGGAGAAUGAGGGACCGUGGCUCGCCGCGUUCUCCAUCUCCCCUAGGGCCGUUGUGGGACCCAGUUUGGGUGUUGAU